CUGCUCGAUGGCGUCUAUCAUCUCAUCCAAGUGGAUAAUUGAAGUUCAAUGGCUGAAUUGAGGUUUGUCUGCCCUCGGUAGUGAAUUGAAGCUUCUUUUAGCGGCUUNUUUUUUUUUUUUUUUUUUUUUUUUUUUUUUUUUUGGAAAGUUAGUCAGAAUCACGUGUUUGCCAGCUUGCUUUCUUUUGUGCGUUCCGUCUAGAUGAGUUCUUGAAAUUUCACUUUCCAGAGAGUCAACAACUAGAAUUAUUAGAGAUUUCUUUUGUCGUUUAGAGGUAGCUUAGAUUCGGUCUUCGUUGUGGUAGAAUUCGUGGGUUUGAUCUGGGGCCAAAUUUGGCAUUUCUCAAAGCAUCAAGAAAGGCCAAACAGGACUGCAUUUCUGAGUUACACUUCUUCUCAUUUUUGAUUCUCUUCAAGUCGUCUCCUAGAUCUGAAUCAUGGGUCUAACCAGCAUCAACGGUGAGUCUCUGUCCUCCACCUCAAUAUCACACACUUCUCACUGACUCCACCAAAGUCCUCGACCUCCCACGUCUCCGCGACGAACCAUCCUUCAAAAUCCUAGUCCAAGCCCUCGAAGCUCUCGCCAUCAAACCCUCACUCUGGAGCGGAGAAGCCACACCAACAGAAAACACAGUAGCAACCUCCCGAUAUCUCACCUCGAUUCUCUCCAGUGGCUUUGAAUGGUUCCAAGAUCCAACAAGUGAGAAAAGCCAUGGACUUCUAGCUGAGGAGCAGAAAGAGUUUCUGUGGAACUUGGCGAGUGCGAGACUUACUGAGAGAUGUGGUCGCUCUGGUAUGUCCUCGUAUUGUACUUCAUACUUUACAGCGUCAUACUAAUGAAGUGACAGCACAAGGAGAAUUAACACGCACUUGGACAAUUCCAGCAAACGAGAACCAUCCAGAUCUCAACAUCGUUAUAAGAGAACCCCCACUAGUCCGUAUCCCCAUCCCGUAUCAAAACCACCCACCUGCUCACUACCUAAUCAUACAGACAGGCGACAACCUCGGCCACAAAACCUGGGGAACCGCCUGGGCAAUCGCCCAAAAACUCGACCAUUUCCACCAAUACUUUUCCCACAUCCUCUCCGUCCCCUCCUCCAACCCCCAAAUCCUGGUAAGCAACUCCAACCAAAAAGCAAAAACUAAACUGCCAAAGAAGCUCAUCAUCGCUCUCUAG